AUGGCGCUCGGGCCCCUCGGGCGCCUGCUGCUUCCCUGGCGCCCUGUGCUUCUCCGCCGGCGCCCGCGGCUCUUCUUCUUCGUAUGCGGCGCCGGCUGCGCCUAUAGCGCAGUGAAUGGGUCGAAUCCCCUCUCCGUCAUUCCGCUGUGCUGCUGCUACUCGUAUGACUUGGUGGCGCUGGCGUGCCCGCCGCUGCAGCUCCGCCGCGCGCUCUUCUACCUCUCGUUGUCGCGCGGCGUGCGGGCGUUUGGGCUCGACUCCCCUCUGCUCGAUAGGUAUCUCCUUUUUCGCCUCUGCAGCCAUGUUCAGCAAAUCGCCUCACAGGAGCCGCGAGGAGGCGCGGCGGCCCUCCUCCCCUCACGAGACACAUCCUCAGUCGCGGCCGCGCCGCGGCACACUCGCCUCUCGGGGGAGCUGAAGCGCAUGCACCAGCUGCGGUGUACGUACACGCCGCUCCCCGCCGUCGUUGACUGCUUGCACCACCUCGUGCUUUCCCUGGAGCGUUUCUACCCCGGUGCGUACUCGCUCAAUCUGCAGGAAGUCUACGCAACGCUUCUGCCGACCCUCGUGCUGCUCGGCCGUCAGCAGGCUGUGCAGGACGACCUGAAAGUGCCUCUAUUUGUUCAACUUUCAGAGUCCAUCCAGGUCUCCUAUAGCCCGCCCCCAUUCUUCGCUGUCGCGCCAAGCGCGGCCGCGCCGCCGACGACUUUCUCGCAGUUGUGGGGGCUCACUGUCGGCACUCCGCGUCGGGACGACAGUCGCGCGUUUUCAACGGCCUCGUCUCGAUUGCCUGGGGUUCCUGGAGGUGUCUCCGCUGCAUUGCAGGCGGCGGGCACUUUGCCGUGGGGGCUCUCGUUUUCAUCCUCGCUCCACUUCCAGCACCAGCACAACCGUCUGCUGCUGCAGCUUCUUCACUUGGGCCUCUUGUCUUCGCAGCGCGCGCUGCAGUUCGCCGAGGCCGCCGUCUACGAGCGCUGUCGGCCGGCAGUCGAGCUGCCCACGCUUCUGUCCCCUCGGGUUCUUCUGGAUGCCUCGACGACGCAGCCUUCAGAUUUCCACAGCCGGUGUGUGGCCGCCGCAGCGUUCUCCCCGCCGAGGGCCCUUCAAGGGGGGGCGACAUCACCAGAGGACGCCAGCGCCCCCUCGGCGUCGUACCCCGGCCCUUCAGGGUCUUUUGCACCGGGCGACUGGGACGCGUCGGUGCUGUCGCGGAUCCUUGCGGGGGGACAGUCUCUCGGAGAGACUGUUCUGCAGCAGUGGCGGCAGCUGAUGCUUUCCUUUUCCAAUGAUUUGGCGGCCUCGUGCGCAGCUCGCGCGCGGCGUGCGACGGCGGGCGGAGCCGCCUUGACGCUGCCGCCCUCCUCGACGGCGCGCGUAGCCACUGCGGCGGCAGCCGAGCCGAAGACGCUCGUCGGCAUCUGCGCCGCCCUGGCCACGUUCCUCGCAGUUCCAUUUCUCCCCGCGGGCUCCUCGCUCGACUGGCUGGGCAUCGACGACGGGGGAUGUGGCGGAGUGAGCGGCGCGCUGCAGGCCGGCGCGCCCAAGGGCGCGGACGCGGACGAGGGCUCUCUGCGGCGCCUGUUUACGGGCGCCUGGUUUUUUCCCUCGGCGAACUUCUCGAGCGAGCUGCCCGGGGUCACCACAGUUGUUCAGCCGCUUCGCGACCAGCUGUUGCUGCUGCAGCAGCGCCAGCAGCGCCAGUUGAUUGUGUUGCAGAAGCCAGCGGCGGUUGCGGCGGCGGCCGCCGAGUUCUGGGAGCAGCUGCAGUCGCGCGGAGCGGGGAAGCGCAUCCACGCCCUGGUGUGGGUCGACCGACGGGGCGAGACGGCGGCCCGCCGCACGUCGCCGGCACUGGAGCAGCUCGAGGGCUCGGAGCGCCUGCUGGUCGCCGCGGUGCGCCGCGGACUCGAUGACCUGAAUUGGCCGACUUCUGCGAGCUGCUUGACGCUGCAGCAGAGGCGACUUCUGCUGCCCAGUCAGGCGCAGCGCCUCGAGCAGCUGCGGUAUCUCGUGGGCUCCCGCGCGAAUGCCGCGAUGCGCACCCCUCACCGCCUGCACGCCUACGACAAAUCCUACGACGACUUCAGCACGCGCUGCUGGCUCUGGCAGCAGUUCAACAGCCUCAAAGAAGAGGCCGGCGGCAUGUUUCUCGGCUGCUGCGCGGUCGCGGCAGCCGCCGCGCUUGGCGGCGUCCUCGCGUUCUUCUUCCUGCGCCAGUCGUGCGGCGGAGGGGACGGGGGGGGAGGCGCGAGUCUUCCGGAGUCGCCAGGUGGGCCUUCGCGGCGGUCGUGGAGCCCGUGGGGCGGGCUCUCGCGGCUGCUGUGGGGUCGCGCGGAGGCGCGAAGCCCGCCCAACGGGGCAGCGGCCCCCCUUUCGCGCGAGAGCGGCUGUGAGGAGGCCUGCGGCGGCCAGCUGGUGCCGCUGGGCGACCCGGUGAGCGGGCUGCCUGUGCAAGCCGACAGAGCGGGCCUUUUGGCCGGCGGUGCUGGCGGGGGAGGAGAGUGCGACGACUUUGUGACCGCGUACGCGCAGCACCUGUGGGGGCUGCAGCGAGACUCGCAGGAUGCCAGCAGCGCUUCUCCCCACGUGUUUACGUCCUCGCUGGGCCUUAGCGCGAACUCGAGCGGUCACUCGCUGGGGUGCUUCGCGAUGAACAACGACGGGACGACGGUUGCCUCGGACACGAGCACGCCGCCGUCGCAGGCGUUCGCCUCACGCCUGGCUUGCUUCGCCGCCCACGACACCGCCGUGAGCAGCUUCGGCGGGCCUCUCGGUGGCGAGGUCUCUGCCGGCUUCGGCGGGGCGGAGGGCGCCGCGCCCUCUGCGGGCUUGCCGCCCGCGGGGCUGUGCGCGGGGCGAGACGAGCUCACCUCGCUGUACCUGGCUCUCGCAGGCGUCGGCCGGGGGCACCCUUCGGAGGGCGGGGGCCACGGGCGGGGCUUCGAGUACCCGCCAGGGCCCGGCGGGUUCCCUGGAAGCUACAGCGGCUAG